AUUUUUUUUGUGAGAUAUAUACCAUAGAGAGAGAGAAAGAUGUAUAUGUUAGAGAGCAAAGAAGGAGCAAUCAUUUGCAUGUUAUUGGCUCUGCUCUUCUUAGGGACAUGGCCAGCAAUCAUGACUCUAACCGAACGACGCGGUCGACUUCCUCAACACAUUUAUCUUGACUACACACUCACAAACCUGUUAGCUGCAGUUACCAUAGCGUUUACACUAGGCCAAAUAGGUCCAAGCAGACCUAAUUUCCUCGCACAGCUUUCUCAGGAUAAUAAGGAGUCUGUGAUGUUUGCAAUGGCUGGAGGAAUAGUUCUUAACCUUGGAACCUUAGCAACACAAUAUGCUUGGGCUUUUGUUGGUUUAUCUGUCACUGAAGUCAUCACUGCUAGUAUCUCUGUUGUUAUUGGAACAACGUUGAAUUAUUUCUUGGAUGAUAGAAUCAACAGAGCUGAAAUCCUUUUCCCGGGCAUCGCUUGUUUCUUGGUAGCUGUUUGUUUAGGCUCAGCUGUUUAUAAAUCCAAUGCAGCUGAUAACAAAUCCAAACUCCAAGAAUUCAAAAGUUUAGAGAAUGUUUCAUCCUACCAAAUGGAGACAAAUCCUGCAAACGGGUUAGCUCAGGAGAAAGGGAGUGCAGCUUUUCUUAUAGAGCUUGAGAAACAAAGAGCUAUAAAGGUUAAUGGGAAAAGCACAAUAACUGGACUAGCUAUAACUUUCUUUGCUGGUAUCUGUUUCUCCCUCUUCUCACCUGCAUUCAACUUAGCGACAAACGAUCAAUGGCACACUUUGAAACAUGGAGUACCUAAACUCAAUGUGUACACAACUUUCUUCUACUUCUCAGUCUCUUCAUUUGUGAGUGGUGUGAUACUUAACAUCAAGUUUCUCUAUUGGCCUAUACUUGGUCUCCCAAGAUCUUCUUUUAAGGCUUACCUCAAUGACUGGAACGGUAGAGGAUGGUCUUUGAUGGCUGGAGUUCUCUGUGGUUUUGGUAAUGGUCUUCAGUUUAUGGGUGGUCAAACCGCUGGCUAUGCAGCUGCAGGGGCUGUUCAGGCACUUCCACUUGUGAGCACUUUUUGGGGGAUAAUGCUGUUUGGAGAGUACAGAAGAUCAUCAAGAAGAACAUAUAUACUUCUUACCAUCUCCAAGACCUUCCACUCUCUCAUCUUUUCCAAUGAGCUACACUUUGCACGGCAUCGCUCCAAAACACGUGAACACGUCCUUCACGUCUGCUUAAAGUUACCCGAUAACCAUCUUCCUUCGUGGUACAGCCUCUGGAUAAAACCUGGUCAAACCCUAACCAAUGAGUUGAAGGAGAAGAAUAAUAAGUCUACCAGAAGAAACACUCUGUUGGUACCAAUACCUUCUUCAUAUUCUCCUCGUGUACCAGGAUUAUAUCUAGGUAAGUUUAGUUCAAAACACUAUAGACUCAGACAAUCCAAAAAAUCUCCCAGUUCAUCCCUACUCUUGGUCCGUAAUAGUAAGGUUCUCACUCCAUGGGGUGAACCUAAAUAUUCCCCAUGGCGUAAAGCCCCUAGAAUGAAAGUGGCUCGAGAAAACGUCAUCGCCGGGGGCCCUUGA